UUAAGUUCGAGUAUAAAGACUCAGCGAACACAACACGCGUAUACUCGGUGUUUAAGUUGCGCUUCUGACAGCUCGGCGCAACUGCUUUGCCGCAGACUGCAAUGCAAGUAUAAAGACAAGGAAUAAGUCUGGCCCUGAUCUGAGCCACUCAGCUGCUCUAGUCAUGGCCAAGCAAGAACUGGUACACUCAUCCCGCGCACAACUGUAGCUUGCAAAUGUCUUCCACUCAGGAGUCAGCGCUGCGCAAGGGAGCCGUAGCAUCUGCAGACAGUGGCACGCGUUUGUCCCGCGGCAUACCCGUGGCAGCGGGCAAGCGGGGUUGGCUGGCGCCGUUCUUUGCCCUUGCCGUGGCGUCGGCGGUGGGUGUGCUUGGGCUCUGGCCAGCACAGGCGCUUCACGAUGUGGAGCUGUCCUGGACCAAACUCGAUCCCACCUACAAUCCCUCGCUGGUCAUUCACGGUGACCGCUUCCUCUCCGCGCUCAAGCGCACCACGUUCCGCAAAACGAAGGGCAAGACAUUUUGGGUUAACCACCUGUACAUGUGCAUCGGCGAGCUGGACGAUCUGAAGAGGCUGCGAUGCCAGCCGUACAACCCCUGGCAGGAGCCGUACCUCGAGUGUGAGUUUGACGCCAACGUACGAGACGGCAAAACCGACACAACGGGCCUGGGUGAUGUGAAGGUGUGGGUGUGGCCAGGGAAAGGCUCAUACGCCAUCUUCGGUCGGAAGCCGCAGAAGGUACCCGGAGCUGGCCCGUACUGCAGCAGCACGGUGGUGUACGACCAGUGGAUUGCCAUGAUCCGGCCGGAGGCCACAGUGGGCGAGUGGCGGCUGCAGCAGCCGCUGCGGCUGUUCAUAGAAAGCGGCUACUCCUACCCCAAGGAUGCCAAAUGGAUCAUGGAAAAGAACUGGAUGCCGUGGCCGUACACGGACCCGGCCAGCGGGCGCGAGGCGCUGCACGUGACACACAUGGUGCAGCCGCACCGCGUGCUGGAGUGCGCACCCAGCGGCGCCUGCAAGGUGGCGCACGAGACGACCGGCGCGCCCGCGUUGUUCGCCAAGUUCGAGGGCCACAGCAUCCAUGGCGGGCCACCCGUGAUCCGAGUGGACGCCAAGCUGGCGCGCGACGGCAAGCCCUACUACAUGGGCAUCAUGCACCACAUCGAGCUGCUAGCGCCGGUCAGCCGGAACGGCAAGCCCAAGAAAAAGAUGAAGCUGUACCGGCACUUCGCCUACCAGUUCCAGCCCGAGCCGCCGUUCGCGAUCACCGCCAUUUCCGAUGAGCUGCCGCUCACAUUCUAUCGCAACGAGCACCACGCCGCCAAGGCGCACGUGACGUACGUGGCGGGUUUCUUCAUGAGCGCUAACGGCACCGUGUACAUCAGCUAUGGGUCGGGCGACAGGCAGGCACGCGUGCGGGUGAUGGCGUUGGGAGAGCUUGAGGCCACGUUCACAGGGAAAAUUGCGUUCCUGCCUUGAGGUGAGAGUGUGACAGAGUAGGUUAGGGGCCAAGCUAGGUUGCGAGGCAGGCGGGUACCGGUAGUAGGGCUGGUAGUGGUAGCAAGAGGCGAAGGUGGCUUUGGCGGCAACACGAACGCAGGUAGAUGUGGCAGCACAUGAAACUGCGAUGGCGUGCUGGUCUGAUCAGUGCCUCUGUGUUCGGCAUCGCGAUGUAUGUAUUGGAAAGCGGAGCAAGCUGAUGCACUGAGCCAGGCAUGCGCCCAAUCGGACGGUGCGCGGUGAGGUAAAGCACGCAUACUUGGUCCAACCUAGCCACGGUCUAGGAUGUGCCGUACAGUGCGAACGUGCGUGAAUACCAUGGGUAUCCAUCCACUCGCAAAGUGCAACGGCUGCACGGGCGUUCAUAUUAAUGCGCGUGUAUGCUCUGAACACGACGGGGGCAGGCGCUGGAACUCUGGAAGGAUGGCGUGAGCUUACGUCUGUGCCUGUGUUACAUCAAUUGCCAGGCUCUGCAGGUGAAGCGUUUAGUAGGCGAGGUGGCGACUCAACUUAGGCGGAAUGACUUGGCAGUAUACGGACGCAGUGCACUCCUGCACGCAUGGUGGAACGUGUCGCAAUGGCAGAAACCGUGAAACCCACGAGCC